GCGGGGCGACGCGGAGGGCUGCUGGUGGGAAGGCUGCUGUCAGUUGGCCAGCCCGCCAGUGCGUUCUCUCCUGGUGCCUUCUCUGUCCGUCGGUGGGUCUCUGGACGCCGCUGACGGGCGGGCUCCCGGACCCUAGAUCUCACAGGUCGCAGAAGGCAUGGCUCCUAUCUGCCUCAAUUGUUCCGUCUUCCCUGCAGAUGUGUCACUGAGAGGUGCAAGGAGCCCAGUGCCCUGCAAUGUCAGUAGGGCCUCGGGGCUAAAGUUUGACCCUGAAGAUUUGAACCUGACUGAUGAGGAGCUGAGACUCAAGUACCUGGGGCCCCAGCAGACAGAGCUGUUUGUGCCCAUCUGUGUCACGUACCUGCUGAUCUUCGUGGUGGGCACCGUGGGCAAUGGGCUGACCUGCACGGUCAUCCUGCACCACAGGGCCAUGCGCACGCCCACCAACUACUACCUCUUCAGCCUGGCCGUGUCAGACCUGCUGGUGCUGCUGGUGGGGCUGCCACUGGAGCUCUAUGAGAUGUGGUGUAACUACCCCUUCCUGCUGGGCGCAGGGGGCUGUUACUUCCGCACACUGCUCUUUGAGACAGUUUGCCUGGCCUCUGUGCUCAACGUUACGGCCCUGAGCAUGGAGCGCUACAUGGCCGUGGUGCACCCCCUGCAGGCCAGGUCUGUGGUGACGCGGGCCCAUGUGCGACGAGUGCUUGGGGUCAUCUGGGGCCUCGCUGUGCUCUGCUCUCUGCCCAACACCAGCCUGCAUGGCAUCUGGCAGCUGGAUGUGCCCUGCCGGGGUACGGUGCCCGACUCGGCCAUGUGCAAGCUGGUCUACCCACUGGCCCUCUACAACUUAGUCAUGCAGAUCACCACCCUGCUCUUCUUCUGCCUGCCCAUGGCCAUCAUCAGCGUGCUUUACCUGCUCAUUGGGCUGCAGCUGCGUCAUGAGAAGCUGCUGCUGCUCAGGCAGGGGGCCAGCGACAGAUGCAGGCUCCAGCGGCCGUCAGAUCGGGGUCGGACGCAGGUGACCAAGAUGCUGUUUGUGCUCGUCCUGGUGUUUGGCAUCUGCUGGGCCCCGUUCCACAUCGACCGCCUCAUGUGGAGUUUCGUGUCUGAAUGGACCAAGGGCCUGGACCUGGCCUUCCAGUACGUGCACGUCGUCUCCGGCGUCUUCUUCUAUCUCAGCUCGGCCGCCAAUCCCGUGCUCUACAGCCUCAUGUCCAGCCGCUUCCGGGAAACCUUCUGGGAAGCCCUGUGCUUAGGGACCAGAUGCCGUCACCACAGACCCUGCCGCACCUCCCACACCCUCAGCAGGGUGGCGACAGGCAGCACCCUCUGUGACAUGGUCUCCCUGGGCAGCAGGGCUCACCCUCUGGCUGAGAAUGGUGGCUCAGACAGACAGCAAGAGACUGACCCCUCCUGAGAGGAGCCUCGAAGCAGCUUCACCUGGAGGAGCCAGAGGGUCACAUGCAGCUUUGGGAGCCACGUCUGCCCUCCUCUGCAGGGAUGUCUUCAUGCCGGUCCCCCUUUGUGCCUCGUCCCCACAUCAGCCACCUCAGUCACUCCUGACCCCACCAUGUCCUGGAAGGGAUAUAAGGUUGCCGUCUCUCCUCCAGGCCUCCGGUUCUUCCCUGAGGGAACAUCGCUCAGGAACUGGCACAGCAAACCUCCAUCUGGGGACCCGCCACCAGUUUCUGAACUGUUUUCAUAGGACCCUCCCUUUCCUUCCCAUUUCUUGUUGAGCUUCUGUAGGUUCUGGCCCAUUCUGUCCCUCUCUAGCUUCUGGCCUGCACUUGGAACUCUCCUGUGACCUGCCCCCUCCCUGCCCCCAGUCAGCUUAUUCUGCUCUUGGAUCUCCACUUAAUGGCGCUGCUGGUUCCAAUCUCAGCCCUGUUGCCACCUUGCUCUGUGGCAUUAAGCUAAUCACCUCACCUUUCCAGGCCUUGGUCCCCUGUUUGCAAAACGAAAGGGGCCCUGAUAUCUAAGUGUCACACUUUGGCACUUUAGCUGUGGUUUUCUGUGCGUGCGCGUAAGUCACUGCUAUAAUGAAACCUACGGAUACGCUCAGAUGACCAAGGUAGAAAUUACUCUAUCUUCACCCUCAUCACCCCCAGCCCCUCCCCCCUUCUGGAGAUUGGUUGCAUAGCAGUGUGAAUAUACUGAAACAAUAUUGAACUGUAUGUUUAAAUGGCUAAGAUGGUAAAUUUUAUGUUAUGUGUAUUUUACCACAAUUUUUUUAAAAGAAAGGAUUAAAUCUAAAGGAAAAUAAAUAAUAAUAAAAAACAAACCAACCCUAACAUUACUCUCCAGAGGUAACCACUGUAUGUAAGACGGGACAGGGGCUUCUUGGGAGCAAGAAGCCCGUGAGAAGAGGCUGUGCAGAUCUGUGAGUGCUC